GCCAUUUGUAUCGUUGUAAACAUGAUAUGUAGCUACAAUUGUAAUUUUAAUUUUUUUGAGAAUUUUAGUGACAGAUUGAUAUUGUUAAUGAUGGUAGAUUGAAAUCUUGCAUACAGUAUAGUAGAUUAGAAAGAGUAUGCAAAAUGUCUGAUAUAGACGAUGACUUAGAAGCGGUGGUUAUAGAUAAUGGAACGUGGAUGAUAAAGGCUGGGUAUGCUGGUGACAAAACAGCCCGUGCUUACGAGAGAACAGUGAUUGGUACAGAUGUAGUGGGAGAAAGCAACAGUCAACGUAAGGAUGGAGCCGGUAUGAAGCUGUUUGGAGAUAGGGCUUGGUUCAACAGAAAGAGCAAGUUAACAUUUCCUAUGCACAGGGGAUCUGUCUGCGGCUGGGAUGAUAUGGAAAGCAUCUGGGAGUAUAUUUUCACACACGAACUGCGUGACGGUAUAGAGGGCCGCCCUAUUCUGAUAACAGAGGUUCCUGGUAACAGUCCCAAAAACAGACAGAAAAUGGUCGAGAUUAUGAUGGAGAAAUUUCGAGUUCCUGCUCUGUAUAUCACAGACCCAGCAGGAUUGGCUCUGAUCAGUUCCGGUCGAAUUACAGGGAUUGUGUUGGAUGUUGGCGGAAGUGUUACACAUGUCACAGCUAUACAUCAGGGGUCGCUUCUGAAUUGUAAUGGCGCAGGUGGAGCAGCGUAUCCUUGCAGAUCAGAUAUUGGUGGAAACGACGUGACUGAGUAUUUGUCAAAGAUAAUUGGAAAGAGCAACUUUGAACCUAGUGGUCAUGCAAUGGUUGAUAUAGAAGGUUUAAAGCAUUGUUUAUAUAAUUAUACAAUGUCAGAAAAUAAGGGAACUGACUACAGUUUUCCGGACGGCACCAGUGUUCGCGUUGAUGAGGAUAUGAUCAAUUGUGGGGACAUCUUGUUUCAUCCGGAUAAGAUAGGGUCGACUGCUCCAGGAAUAGAUAAACUCUUAUGUAAUGCUUUGCAUUCCUGUGAAGAUGACAUUAAGAAGGAACUACUGUCAAACAUUAUUAUCUCUGGAGGGACAACGCUCACACCAGGAGUUGUUGAACGGAUUGAGACACAUGUUAAAGAAGAAUUUGGAAAAUGUGACAAUAAAAUCUGCGUAAUUGCCCCUCCAGAAAGAAGGAAAUCUUCCUGGCUGGGUGGAUCUAUAGUAGCAUCACUGGAGAUAUUCCCAAAAAUAUGUAAAACUAGAGAAGACUAUACCGAGAAAGGUUGCACGGAGUUCACGACUUUUGCUGGAUUUGAGACUUUUCUGAUUUCAUGAAUUUGGGUAUUUAUCCAAACAUAAAGUCUUUUCUCAAAAUGUCGUGACAGUUCAUAACUUUGAGGAGCUGUUGUGAUUAAAGUGAUUUAGAGUGACUGAUAAUAGAAAACAUACUUCAGAAAGUCAUGGCAAUUGCAAAAAACUGUAUGUACAAUUUCCGUGAAAUGGCAGUGAAAACAAUACUUCUUUUGAAAGAGAACAUGCAAUGCUUUACUUUCCGAAUACUAUUGCAAAGAUUUAUGGGGAGGUUGUAAGUCAGAAUCAUGAUAAAGAUUUUAAACAGUUCAGUUUGGCCAUUUUACGGUGUGUUUUUAUCUCACCUGUAUUUGAAUGUUCGUUACAUUAAUUCCCGAUUUGCACCAUUGGAAUUGUUUGCUUACUAAUGCGACGUUGUUUUAACGACAACAAAACUAUACACCAUUGUUAGUGCCUCGUACACUGGACCAAGUUCACAGUUUAGGGAGGGGCGCAGAUGUGUUUACAAACGGCUCUUGUUUUGUUAUAAUGAAAGCUUGACAGAAGUAAUAUUUGUUUUAGCUGCUGCCAAGACUGUGUAAAAUUGUUUUUACACAGAUUUAAAUUUAAUGAUUUGAAAAAUAAAAUUGUGAAAGACAGAUACGCGUAAUUUUGGAUUGCCUCUCUUAAAAUACCAAAUGGCGACCUUAGUAAAGUACCACUUAUGCUAUAAUUUGAAUUGUCACAAUUGCAACACCAUGUUAUUUGAUGUGUUGUAGGGUAUACAGUGUGCCUGUCAAGUAUAUAGGUGGUACGUUUUGCCCUGGACACAUGUUAAUGAAGUAAUUGCCAACAGCUGUCGAAAUGAAAUGGUAUCGUGUGAAUUUCUCCAGUUUUUAGAAAGGAGACAAAUACACCAGAACUGUGACUAGAUUAUUGAAAAAGUACCUGCAAGAAUAAGAUUUACACUGUUCAAAUAUUGGAUGCCAUUUAUGUUUUGUAUUUUAAAUAAGGCUGUUGAUUUGUUAAGUUCUUCAGUUAUGUAGAGACAUUCUGGCUUGAUGUCAUGUAUAAGAUAUAUGCUAUAAACACAUUAGGUCUAUAGGUGUUUAUGUUUACCUUGUAAAGAUUUAUUCCUUUUGCAUAAUUUGCCUUAAUGAACUAAAUUUU